UGGGGCUUCAAUGCCCUUCCUAACUGGGUUGAUACAAAAAUGUUCCACAGAGGUCUUCCUCACUCGACUAACCACGGCUCUUCAGACUUUGCUGCCAACUUUGAUUACAUCAUACCUAAAACAUCAUGGACGGGGUUUCCGAAUGUUUUCAGUGAUUUGUGGAAACCCUACUUGGAGAUCACUUUGAGGGACAUUGAAGAAAAUAAGAAUGAUCCUUGGAUCAUAGGACACUUCUUUGAUAACGAACUUGAGUGGUGGGGAAAGACUGAAGAACGUGGUACUGAGAAAGGCGAUUGGAAUAUGUUUAACUCCACUUGGCUCUUACCAAAGAAUCACACUGCAAAAAUAGCUGCAUCGAAAAUUAUAGAAAAGUAUUUAAAAGAGAAGAACAGGCUCAAUGAUAUAACAAAGUGCUUCGAAGAAUAUUUUGGAGUUAAAAAUAUCAAUUCGAUAAACGACUAUUUGAACAGUUAUAAAGGAGGGAGUGUCUGGAGUAUUGAAGGGAAGGAGAUUGGGGCACUUUAUAUGAAAGAAGUUGCUGAGAGGUAUUUUAGUGCCAUCAAAGAGACUUUUCAAAAGUAUGACAAAAAUCACUUGUAUUUCUGCACACGAUUCCCAGGGUCUUCUCCAUCGAUAGGAGAGAUCGUUAAUAAGUAUUGUGAUAUUGACACAUUCAAUAUAUACCCAUUCGUCUCUCCUAUUAGUGGAGUGCCUGAUAGCACUAUUAAAAGUGUCAGAAAAAUAUCAAACUUUGCACCAGAUAUUCCUUUGAUGGUGACUGAAUGGAGCUUCCCAGCACUUGAUGCUGGGUUACCAAGUCUUGUUGGAGCAGGCACACGUAUGGACAACCAAGUCCAGAAAACAAAUGCAGUCAAAUUCUUCAUGGCGCAAUUAAUGAAUAUGGAGAAUGUCAUUGGCGCUCAUUAUUUUAAAUAUUUGGACCAAUCACAACACGGAAGUGCUGAAACUUUUCAAGAAAAUUCGAAUUAUGGACUUGUCAAUGGAACGGACUACCCAUACGAAUUGCUGACUAAAACACUGAAGGAAGUCAAUGAAAAUUACUGUCGAAGAAGACUUGGGAAUUUCUCAUAUAACGAGUAUCUUCCAAACAAAGAGGUUUUGUAUGGGAAUAGAGUAACAAACGAUUAUGAUAAGACAAAGACAAGAGGUGUUUCACUCCAAUUCGAAGAUAAAAACGCAACCUUUAUGUACAAAAACAUUCGAAUUGGGCGAUUUGAGUUUUGGGCGUCGAUGUCGUAUUACUUUAAAAAUGACACUCAAAACAAACAGACGACGUCCUUUUGGUCUGCUUCUGUUGUUAGAUUAAAUAACAUUAUUGAGAGUGAAAAGACUGUUGAAGUGUAUUAUCAGACUAAUUCUUACUCAAAUAAAACGAUGGAAGUCUGCUUCAUUUUACCCAAAGGAAGUGUUUCAGAUAGUACAGUGAACCCUUUUAUGGCUGUUCGAAUUACUAAUAUAACAGACAAACUAUCACUGAAUUCUGAAAUAGUGAAUUAUAGAGUUGUCUCUACUAAUGUGCUUAUUAACAUUAAGGACUUUGGAAGUGACGCGGUGCGAGGAGAAAAAUCUGGGAAUAACAAUUAUUGGAAGCCAGAGGAAUAUUUUAAUGUGCCCAAAUUAAACAUUGGUAUGGGUGUGUGGGCAUUCCCUGAUAAUAUUCGAAUUUACAAAAAUUCUAUGAUAAGUGUCGGGCAAUCAUUCACCGAAGGCGAAAUGAUGGACGAAAACGGGAGUUUCGCACCAAAUAAAAAUGACUUGAAAAAACAACCCAAUUUUGUGUUCUUCCCAUUUGCGUCAAAUUGUGCAAAAAAAGGUUAUGGGUGUUACAACCAAAGUCUUGAUAUGAUAAUAAAAGAAAUAACAAAUCAAUACGACCUUCCUGAACCAUUGCAAUCACCAAAUGGAUGUUAUAGUAUAUUUGGAUUAUGGGUAUUGCUGAUGUUAUUAUUGCUGAUUUAA